AUGGCCAUGUUCAACGUGCAGAGUCUGCGUCCAGACAUCGAGAACAUCUUGUCGGGCGCAGACAGGGCCAGUAUCUCGGCAAAGGCGGUCCGGCGGGCUCUCCAGGAGAAGUACCCCGACCUGGAUGUCAAGAGCCACAAGGCGGAGAUUGACGCGCUCACGACCGAGGUCUUUACGGGAGGUGGGGAGGCUGAGGAGGAGGACGAGCCAGAACCCGCCUCUCCCGCCGCUUCUCCCAAACCGAAACUCCCCUCUUUCCACAAGAUCAAGCGCUCCCGCUCUCCCUCGAACUCGCUCAUUGAACCUACGUCUUCCCCCGCCUUCCCGCUCGCAACGACGACCGCCCCGCGCCCCGCCAAGAUCGAAGAAGACGACGACGAGGCGUAUGCUCGCAAGCUCCAAGCCGAGUAUGCCGCGAUGGGUGGAGGACGCACGACGCGGAACGGAGGAACGACUACUGCUCGUCGUGGAGGGAAGAAGAAGUCGAAGGCUCAGGUGUCGGACGAUUCGGGCGACGAGGAUGACGGCGGGAAGAAGAAGAAGAAGCGGAAGACGAGCCAUACUGGGUUCAACAAAUUGCAUGUCUUGAGUGACGAGAUGGCGGCGGUUUGCGGGAGGCCCGUUGCGAGCAGGCCGGGAGUUACGAAGUACCUCUGGAGGUACAUCAAGGCGCACGAGCUGCAAGAUCCGAACAGGAAGACCGACAUCUUGCCGGACGAGACGCUGAAGAAAGUGCUCCCGUUCUCGCGCAUCAACUCGUUCACCAUGGCCAAGCAUAUCGGACCGCAUCUCUACCCCUUCGACCCGGAAGAACACGCCCAUCUCGUCCCUCCCGCCUCCGACGACGAAGCCACCUCCGACGUUUCCUCGACCACCGCAGCGAAGAAGUCAUUCUCGCCUUCGGUCGGGAGGACCUCCGGUGCGAAGGUCAAGAGUGCGGCGGAGGUGGACAGCGAGGACGAUGAGGAUUAG